GACUUGGCUCCACGCCGGCGUCUCCGGGCGCGGCGCAGCGGCCCACCCCUGCAGCCCUGACCCUCCCCGUCCCGGCGCCCAUCCCGCCCAGUGCGCUGGAAGGCUGGGCGGCGGCUCGGUGCGGUCCCGGAGCCAGAACCCGGGGCUGCCGGGAGCUGACAUGGACCCAAAUCCUCGGGCAGCCCUGGAGCGCCAGCAGCUCCGCCUUCGGGAGCGGCAGAAAUUCUUUGAGGAAAUUUUACAGCCAGAGACAGAGUUUGUCUUCCCCCUGUCCCACCUGCAUCUCGAGUCGCAGAGACCCCCCAUAGGUAGUAUCUCGUCCAUGGAAGUGAAUGUGGAUGCCCUGGAGCAGGUGGAACUUAUCGACCUUGGAGACCAGGAUGGAGCAGAUGUGUUCUUGCCUUGUGAGGACCCUCCACCAGCCUCCCAGACAUCUGGGCUGGAUGACCAUCCAGAGGAGGUGAGCCUGCCAAUGCCCACACCAGACAGGACUGCGUCGCGCACCUCCUCCUCGUCUUCUGACGACUCCACCAACCUGCACAGCCCAAAUCCCAGUGACGGCGGAGCAGACACGCCCUUGGCACAGUCCGAUGAGGAAGAGGAUGGAGCUGAUGGUGGGGCAGAGCCUGGAGCUUGCAGCUAGCGGUGGGCCUCCAUCUACAGACUGACCGAGUUGGCUCUUCUCCACAGGAGACCCUAGGCCCAGCCAGAGCCCUUCAGAGAAGACCAGACUCUUUACUUGCAGUAGGCACCAGGGGGAGGCAAGGACAGUGGGAUGGUGUACCUCCCUGGGAAUUAACCCCUGCUUUACUGCUAACCUUUCCUGCUACAACCCUCCAACCAGUUUUUGGCUUCCUCCUGAGGUAGGGCUUACAGGCGAGGAGAUGGAGAUGAGGCGGGACAAGAUGCUACUGCUUUUCGUAGAACCCUUCCCUCCCCCAGACUCUCCUGCAGUUUUCUGAUAGAGUCUCCCAAACCAGUGUCUGUCUCUGAGUGGACGUGAACUCCUUAGCACGCCCUGUGCAGUGGUACUCCGGCCAUCCUGCUCCCUUACAUCCUGUUUGGGAACAGGGCACGGUAUAAAUAAUAAACAAUAAUCUACCAACCAU